CUAGGAGCUGUCCGCGGUACUGAAACAGCUCGACUCAGUCUGAGAGGUGCUGACAGAAAUUGAACAUUCUCUGGCUCUCCUCCGUUCACAAUUACAAAUCUGACCAGAGCUCCACGUAUCGCGCAGCGACCUCGUUCCUCACGGCGUGGAACGUUUGCGUCCUGCUCCUAUUUAAUUAUUCGGAAAGUGUUUUAGUACAAGGACAUAUUCUGUGAUAGGAGCCCACUGCUGCGAGCAUGAACUCGACAAGAAAUUACAAUCCAAACAUGGUCAUUCUGAUUCUGGCCGUAUUUGCUGGCGUGUGGAUGGCACGAGGGCAAGCAGGUUCUUAUAUGCAUGGGAGGUUAGCAGUGACCCAAAGAGGAGGUCAGGUUGAAGCAGAGGAUGGGUCCAAUCCAUAUCACACCACGCAGGACACAGACAGAGACCUUCCGCUGUUCACGACGGCUCCCCCUUACAGUGGCCUCGACCACCAUCCGCCUUUUAAGUCCUACCCGCCUUACGACCCCCGGGGCCAAAGCCACGAGCAGUAUUUUCAAGACAGCGGAGGGGCAGCUCACCAUCCCACAAUGCCAUCGUCUAGUUCCCAUCUCCUUCAGGAUCUGUCCACACAGCUGGUCCCACACAAGGAUGCGCCUCCAUUCUCUGAUGUAGCAGCUUCCAGAACCACCACACUGGCUCCAUCGGCCGCAGCCCUCACCCAGCCACACAUGCCCAACAUCCAACACAAACCUUCAGCAGAAACGCAGAGGAGAAGCACGGAGGAACCACCCCUGUCUAUGACCAUAGCAUCACUGACCACCACUGAUGUGCACACAUCCACACCACCUGCUUCCAAACAGUCAGAUAAAGGAGAUGUCACUCCAACCUUAAACAACAAGCCCAAAGAUGCAACAAUCCCAGGGAAAAGAGACAAAGAAAAGUCCUCAGUACUCAAGGCAGAACAUGGCACUCCAGGAAGUGAUGUUGCUGUAAAAGCAUCAUCAAUAUCUGGGGAUUUGGAUGACGAGACCACCACCUCCACCAUCAUCACCACAACGGUUAUUACGACCAUGCAGACGCCAGCUCCGUGCAACACCAAUUUCACAUUGCCGGGAGGCUACAUAGAGACACCGCAGCAAGCCAGGAGCUGGUACAAUACGGAUGUGGACUGCACAUACACCGUGACAGUCUACAUGGGCUAUGGAGUGGAAAUUCAGGUGAUGAACGUGAGCCUGGGCGUGGGCGACGUUGUCAGAUUUGAAGACCUGGGUGGCGGGGAACCUUCUGUCCUGGCCAAUGAGUCCAUCUUACUGAAAGGUCUGGUGGUACGCAGCUGGAGCAACCAAAUCUCCAUCCACUUCCGCAGCCGGCAGACGCAGUCCAGCUCCUUGCUGCUGCGUUACCAAGCAUUUGUGUUGAGUUGCAACUUCCCUGACAGACCAGCAUAUGGGGACGUGUCUGUCACCAGCCUGCAUGCAGGGGGAGAGGCCUAUUUCUACUGCUUCAAUGGAUACCAACUCCAGGGUCCCUCCACCCUCACAUGCCGCAAUGCCACCACACCCUACUGGAGCGGCAAAGUGCCGCGCUGUCUUGUGGCCUGCGGUGGAAUGGUGAAAAACGCGACUCUCGGCCGCAUUGUGUCCCCUGGUUUCCCUGGCAACUACAGCAACAACCUGACCUGCCACUGGGUGCUGGAGGCCCCUGAGGGUCAACGGCUGCACGUGCACUUCGAGAAGGUGGCCCUCGCGGAAGACGAUGACAGGUUUCUGAUUAAAAACGGCAACCACAUUGAUUCGCCGAUUUUGUACGACUCGUACGAGGUGGAAUAUCUUCCUAACGAGGGAAUCGUUAGUUCUGCCAGACCUCUCUUUGUGGAGUUUACGACGGAUGGUUUCGGCACCAACACGGGAGUAGCCAUCAGAUAUGAAGCUUUUGCAGCAGGGCACUGCUACGAGCCAUUUGUCAAGUACGGCAACUUCACCACCACUGACAGCACCUACGCUGUGGGCACGGUCGCGGAGUUCACCUGUGACCCCGGAUACACCCUGGAGCAGGGCUCUGUUAUCAUCGAGUGCAUGGAUCCCAGCAACCCUCAAUGGAAUGAGACUGAGCCCGCCUGCAGAGCGGUUUGCAGUGGAGAGAUCACAGAUUCAGCUGGGGUGGUGUUGUCUCCAAACUGGCCUGAGGCGUAUGAUAAGGGUCAGGACUGCAUCUGGGGGAUCCAUGUUGAAGAAGACAAGAGGAUCAUGCUAGACAUCCAAGUUCUCCACAUGGGAAAGAACGACCUGCUGACUUUUUACGAUGGAGACGACCUGACUGCAAAGAUACUGGGCCAGUACAGCGGUUCCCGUCCUCGCUUCAAACUCUACACUUCCAUGGCUGAUGUGACCAUCCAGUUCCAGUCGGACCCUGCUACCAACAUCUACGGCUACAACAAUGGUUUUGUUGUGCACUUUUUCGAGGUUCCCCGUAACGACACCUGCCCGGAGCUUCCAGAGAUCUCCAACGGCUGGAAGACCACAUCUCACCCUGACCUGGUGCACGGCACGGUGGUGACCUAUCAGUGUUACCCAGGCUUUGAGGUGGUGGGCACCGAAAUGCUCAUGUGUCAGUGGGACCUGACUUGGAGCGGAGACUUGCCUAGCUGUGAAAGAGUCCUGUCAUGCCCAGACCCAGGCACGGUGGAGCACAGUCGCAGGGUGAUGUCAGGCCCGCGUCUCAUCGUGGGCUCUACUGUACAGUACAUCUGUAACAAAGGCUACUCGCUGUCAGGAAACAGCCUGCUCUCCUGCUACCACCGUGACUCCACCGGCCCCAAAUGGAGCGAGAAACUGCCUAAAUGCAUUCCGGAUUCGUACGAGCCGUGUAGGAACCCCGGCACUCCUCCCUAUACCAUUCAGAGCUCAGAGAAGCAUGUGUAUCAGGCUGGAGAAACUGUGCGCUUCUCCUGCAUGAGUGGGUAUGAGCUCCAGGGUGAGCCUGUUCUCCGCUGUGUCCCCGGGCAUCCUUCCAAAUGGAGCCAUCCACCCCCGCUGUGCAAAGCGGUAACACUGGAGUACAUAGAUGAACGCAGACUGGAUGUGGCCAGUGGAUUUCAGUAUGGAGGGAGCCAGUGUGGCUGUUUCCAUUUUUAUCCCAGUGGCCGUAAUCAUAAUUAUUAUAAUGUCAAUAUAUUUCUACUUUUCAAGAGUGCAAGGCAAGUCUCUACGUCUCUCUAUGUCCACAUCACCACAAUAUGAUCAAAUCAGAGGAGAGUCAGCUUUUGAAAACCCCAUCUACGAGACUGCAAACAAUGAGGUGAGAUUUUGACUGUCAAUAAUUUUACAAUGAUGCAUGCUCUUUUUCCCCAGCCUCCUGUGUCUAUCAUGCGUUACAGACUGCAGGUUAUUCGCACCUCUUAUGUGCUGUGCUAGUGUCCCUCCAGAUCUCUCUCUCUCUGUGUGGUGUGACAUUCAUAACACAGUCCCAGCAGCACACUCCCUGCAUAUACUAAACCGCUUGAUAACAGUUUCUGGGCCCCAGGGCAAAGUCUGUGUUUGACUGUACAUAAGUGUGUGUGGCUGGACAGAUGAGUGUCUGUGUGCUGUAUGUGUUUGUGCAUGUAUGUGUGCUGCUUCUUCUUGCACUAAUGCCCUGAAGUGGUGUACUAGCAUUAUGUGAAGAUGAUGCAAACACAAGCAUCUCUCUAGGGUGUGAAGAAAGACAUGACAAGUCUGGGUUUACAAAAGACUGCGAUUACAAAAAGCAUAGCCGAUCAAUAUUACAUUUUGGACAUUUAAUUUCAGGAUUAUAAAGGUUUGUUUUCAUAUGCGUUAUUGAUUUAGCAUGCUGUUUAUUUUUCAUAAACAUCAGAAGGCUUUUAAAUGCUCAUUUACAAAUCUGCAUUGUGUUUAUUUGUGAAAACAUCACAAUAUCACUUCAUAAAUCACACAUUGUUUUCCCAGCAAAGUAGCCUGAUAGUUUUUCCUGCAGACUUCCAUUAUGUUUCCAUUGCUGAUUAUUAUUUUUACGUCUUUUUUUUUUUUUUCAUGCUUAAGUUGCAUGGUAUUUUUGAUUUGUACAGAGACCUAUGAUUCAAAGCAGCCACCAGAGGUACUCUCUAGGAUUCUGUUGUAAAGAAAGAGCCUGUAAGGAGAGUUGAUCAAUGGAAUAGCAUCACAUGGACAAGGCUGAGAAGGUUUGAACCACUGGUGUAGGGCGUCUCCUUCUUUAGCAUCUCUCUUUCAUAUUGUGUUUGCAGCC